AUGAACGAUGUUCGCGGAAUGGAGUGUCUUGGUGAAUAUCCUUCUACGGGGGCAGUCUAUAGCCUGGAGCCGCAGGACCCCUUGAUUGCAUCUUCUACGCCCGGUUCAGCAGCUGUUCGCCCGGCGCAAAAGCAGUACCAAGCUCCGGACGCAAUGGUCCGGCAAAGUCUGGACCACCUGCGCCAGAUCACCAGGAGAGGUAGGCCCGCCCAGUCGCUGGUAACGGCUACUGCACCAGUCAUGGGGCAGAACGAAACAAGACCUCCGUCUCCAACUCUGUCCUGGCGCCGGGGACAGCCAUCAGAGCAAGACCAAACACAGGCCGUCAUCGACGCUAUCGUCGGCGCAGAUCCAUCCGCAGCCGCCCGCAUCGGCUACGUCCGCCCUCGUCCGCCGCCCCCCUCAGGCACCGAGCCGGACCCCUUCAAGAAGAAGUACUGCACCUACUGGAUCCGGACCGGCGAGUGCGACUACACCCAGCAAGGCUGCCUCUACAAGCACGAGAUGCCAGACAGGGAGGAGUUGAUGAAGAUCGGCUUCCGCGAAAUUCCGAGGUGGUGGAAGGAGAGGAAUGCGGUCAAGAUUACGAUGGAUCCUAUCGCGCUUUCGAGCAACCGCGAGCCGAGCUGGAUGCGCAGAAGAAUUAUGGAGGUUGAUGAUGAGGCGUCUGAUGCUGACUCUGAGGACGAUGAAUUUGGGGAUGGCGGGCCGACGCGUGCAGUGGUUCCCAGGGGCCCUGUUGCAGUCAUGCAGCCUCGUCAGCGUGUGCCGGCGUCUGCGUCGCAGCGACCGAACACGCCAAUUGACAGCAAGCAAGCCUUUCAAGUACGGCUGGAUCCCAAGGAAAUCAAUGAAGCUGUUGUGACGGCUCAGACAAUCAUGGACCAGCAGCGUCAAGCACUUCCCAAGACAAGCGCCUCCGCAGUCGCAGACGACCUUCUGACGAACUACCCAGCCCUCGUCCCUCUACCAGGUUCGCCGCAACCGCAGCCUCAGCUUGUCACGCCUCCACCGACACCAGCCAAGCACGUCUCUGCAAGAACCGAAACCACUACAUCUCCCGCACCACCCUUCUGCAAAGGCGCCUUCCUCCCCGCCGUCGAUCCUCCAGCCCAGCGUGCCCACACACCCUCCGCAUCCCCCGCCCCAACAUCCACCCGCGGACCCAACCCCCGCAUGAUCCCCAUCGCCGCCGCCGCCGCCGCCUCCCCGUGCGCCUCCUCAGCCGUACACCCAGCCAAAGACCAGCAGCAACACCCCCCACGAACCCCCGCAGCAAUCAGCGCCCUCAUCGACAGCAUCCCGCUGCCGCCCGGCUCUCCCACAAAAUCCACACAGCGUGCGCCUGUCACGGCGGCAGCGGAGCCAGCGCCAGUCGCGGCGCUCCUCCCCUCGCUAGCGGAGGUGAGCGAAGAGGGGAGCGGGGCGAAAAGCGCUACCACGCGUCCGACGGCCCGCGAGGUUGCUGUCCAGCGGAAAUCCAAGCCGGCGAUCCCGCCAGCGGCACGCGGUCUCUUGGCGUCGAGGCACGCGCCUGUGAGUGCGGCCGUGGGCGUGGCCAAGGAACGGGUCACGCAGCCAGGGAUGCGGAGUACGGUGCGCAGUACCGAGAGCAAGGGCAGUGCUGAGCGAACUGCUGCGAAGGGUGCUGAGAGGAGCGAGGUGAGGCAGAGGAGCGAGGCCAGGAGUGGGGAGAGGUUCAGACGGGGUGCUGUGGUUGUGGCUUCGGCGGCUGCUGUUGCAGCUGGGGCUGCAAGUAAGGAAGCUGCUCCCAAGCCGAGGGCUAGGCGGCCGGCGAUCCCGGGGAGUGUGUUUGAGAGGUCGGAGGCCGGGAAGGUUGUUGCGAGGAACGUGAGGAGUUCGCGGCUGUGA